UCUUUCUGCUUUGUUUAUUUUCAUUCGAUUCCAUCAUAACCUAAAAUCAAAAUUCUACUAAAGCUUAAACCUAACUGGUUGUGACCGUGAGUUAAUUUGAUAUCGCGUCUUAUAAAUUUGAUUUUUAAUAGUUUAGUUUGUUUUAUCGAUUUUCUGAAAUUAACUAAACCUGCUAAAUAAGUACUAGUUCGCUCAUCUAAUGGAAUUCGAAAGUCCUGAUGUUGAGAAAGAUUUUCCAGGUUUGUAUGCCUCUGAAUCCGGAAAGAAAAGCAACGAAAGUGAUUUCAGUGAUGAAGCUCACGAAAGAGUGUCUAAGAAGGAUUUACUAAUCGGUAAGCGGAAAGACAAAAAAGACACAAAGAAAGACUUGCGAUAUGCAACACUAGAAGGAGAAAGUUCACCUGAAGAUGACACUGAUGUGAAAAGUCCGUCCAAAAUAAAAAAGUCAAAGCCGUUUAAGUUCCCUACUACCAAAAAAGAGAAGAGGGAAAAGUCAAGGGAGAAAGAUGGCAAGGACAAAGAGGCAGACAAAGACAAGGAGAAGAAAAAAGAUAACGAUAAGGACAAAGACAAAAAGAAAGAUACUAAAAUCAAAAUAAAAAAAGAUAAGAAGAAGCUGAAGCACGGAGAGGAUAGUUUGGAAAUAGCAGAGGAACAGCCAGUGUUUGGUGUGGCUCUGUCUUUGGCAGUAGAACGCAGCAGAUGUCAUGACGGAGUGGACAUUCCUCUUGUGGUGAGAGACUGCAUUGAUUACAUCCAGGAAGUUGGUUUAAACUUUGAUGGGUUAUACAAAGUUAGCGGAAAGUCUAAAGUGCAGAGUUUACGCAGACUUUAUAACCAAAGAGAAGCAGUCAACUUAGCAGACUAUGAUGUCCCUGUGGCUACUAGUCUACUGAAAACAUAUCUGAGGGAACUGCCUGAACCCAUAUUAACCAACGAGCUGUUGGCUAAAUUUGAGGAAGCAGCUGCAAUCAAAGAGCCAUCUGCACGAUCAUAUGAACUCAAAUAUCUUGUGGACAAACUACCAAACUGCAACCGCCAACUGCUCGCUUGGCUCAUCAAACACUUCCACCACGUCACUGAACAUGAGAAAAACAACAAGAUGAGUGCCCAGAACCUAGCAAAUUCAAUGUCAACUGUCAUACAAGCUAGUCAAAAACUGACUUCUGCGCUACUAUGCCACUGUGACACACUCUUUGCUGACUGCGAACUUGUAAAAUACAUUCCUCCAAUGAGCUGUGGCAGCCCAUCUCUACCAGAAACAAAGGAGGCAAUUUUAGAGGAGCUUCGUAAGCAAGAGUCAUUGCUUGGCCAGCUACAUAACGAGAUGCUAGCAGGACUCUGCUCCAAGAGCAGAGAGGAGCAGCUGUGGGAGGUCCAAAGGAUCAUCACACAACUCAAGAGAAAAUUACGGGUGCUGGAGAGAUCAGCAGAGACAUCUCAACGCAGCGUAGAAGAGCCAGGGGAGAGUAAAGGAACCGUUCAACAACAACCGCUACCACAACCACAGUCUCCUAACCAGAUAGUUGUAGAGGCAGUGGUUGAGAACACAGAUCAACACAGUGGUGGUGGUGACACUGUGGACAACAAGCCCCCUGAAAAAUCCUGGGAAGCCAAAAAAGAAGAACUUGCUGUCACUUUGGAAGCUGAGGAGUUGACAAACCUCGCAAAGUCGUUUCAGGCCUUGAUUGAGAGAGAAAAAUCAGAUAUAUCAGCAUUGAAAGUGCAAAUCAGAGCUUUAGGAGGAAAUCCAAUCAUAAGGAGCUGUAUGCCAGAGAGUAAUGAUACGGACAGCAUAAAUGAAGGAUUGUUAAUUACUUGCCAUGAAACUUCAACCUUACAGGCUGAAAAGGAGGCGUUGACUUCUUCACUGAUGGAAGAACACUUCGCUUGUGUAGAUCUUAGGGUACAAAUAAAGCUGGCCCAAAUAUGUGAAUACAUGGCUCAUCUAAUGUAAGACGAUCAAAAUAUAUAUCAAAAUGUUGACUUUACUGAUUAAAAUUGUAAUACAACAUUUAAAAUUGUAUAAAUUAUAUGCUUAAUUAACUUUGUAGAAUGUUUGUAGUCACUUAAAAAAACUGUUAUUAAUUAGUUACAGUAGUCUGCUGUAAAAUGUUACACUUAGUCCUUAUAAGUUUUAUAUAUUGUAUUUUAU